AUGCCUGGCGUAUACAAGAGCGUCACCUCAAGCGAUGAAUUCGAAUUGGUCAAACCACGAGGCAGCAGGGAGACGGUGCACGAGCCAGAAGAAGUGAUAGACAUGUACGCCGCCGCCGAUGGAAGCCCGCACCACGUUCCCUACUCUUUCUCGCCACCAGACAGCGGUGACCGUGCCCUCCCUGAAGAGUCGACGACGAGUAUGGGUCCAGGCAAACCGAUGAAAAAAGGCGUCAAGAUCAGUAUCGCGGUGGCCGUUCUUAUUGCUGUCAUUACGAUUGCGAUAGCCGUCCCGUUGGCCGUCACGGUUGGGAAGAGCAAGAAUGGCACGAGUUCGUCGGGGGGAGGGGCUGGGGGUGGCUCCAGUGGGGGUGGGUCGGCGACGUCUGGAAAGUCUGGGAGUCUCGUUACGAUGGAGGACGGUUCGACGUUCACGUAUGUGAACGAGUUUGGGGGCGACUGGGCUGCUGACCCUGCGCGUCCCUUUGGUUCGGGUGGAAAGGCCCAGGAGUGGUCGCCACGCGUCGGUGUGGAAGAAUGGAAAUGGGGAGAACAUGUUAUUCGUGGCGUCAACCUGGGAGGGUGGUUAGUCACCGAACCGUUCAUCUGCCCCGAGUUAUAUGAGAGAUUUAUCGAGAAUGAUGAAAAUGUGACCGUGGUCGACGAGUGGACCCUUUCGCUAGCUAUGGGCGACCGCCUUCCAGAAGAGAUGGAAAACCAUUACAAGACCUUCAUCACUGAACAAGACUUUGCAGAAAUUGCAGCCGCCGGACUGAACUGGAUAAGAGUUCCCAUCGGUUAUUGGGCAAUUGAGACGAUGGGCGAGGAGCCUUUCCUCGUAGGUACAUCGUGGACCUAUUUCCUGAAGGCGAUUCAAUGGGCGAGAAAAUACGGUCUUCGAAUUUACCUCGAUCUCCAUGCUCUCCCGGGAAGCCAAAAUGGCUGGAACCAUUCUGGAAAAGGUUUGCUUGCCUCUACACCGCCAUUCGUCGAAAAUAGACUGACAAAUGCCGUUCUCACUGUGAAGCUGGCACUGUUAAUUUGUGAGAUCAUUGUGACAUCCGUUCCGUUGGUUCUGAAUCUGGUGCUAAUCGCGAAAUUCUUUUCCAGUAUGCACGGCACAAUGGGAAUCGCCAAUGCUCAAAGAACACUUACGUAUCUGCGAAUUUUCACGCAAUUUGUGAGCCAACCUCAGUACAAGGACGUUGUUCCGAUUGUUGGUAUAGUGAACGAAAUUCUUUGGGAUACUAUUGGCGAGGAAGCGGUUCAGAGCUUCUAUUACGCCGCCUAUGAGGCCAUGAGGGGUGCUUCAGGUAUUGGUGAAGGAAAUGGCCCCUAUAUUGCUAUCCAUGAGGGCUUCCAAGGGCCUGCGAUCUGGGAAGGAUUCCUUUUAGGCUCGGAUCGAGUAGUUCUUGACCAGCACCCGUACUUGGCGUUCAUGGGUGAUCCAAACAGCACCCCUGAAUCUAGUGCUCCCAGACCCUGUGAAUGGGCGAUCGCCACCAACCAGUCCCAGCAAGUUUUCGGCGUGACGGUUGGCGGAGAAUUCUCGACUGCUAUUAACAACUGUGGACUCUGGUUGAACGGCGUCGACGGAGCUCCUAUUCCUGGAUGCGAACUUUGGGAUGAUUGGAACUCGUGGAACUCGACGAUAAUCUCGGGAUUGAAACAAGUCACGCUGGCUUCUAUGGAUGCCUUGCAGCACUUUUUCUUCUGGACUUGGAAGAUAGGUAAUUCUACGAGGCUUGGCACGUCCUCCUCGCCGAUGUGGCACUAUAAACUUGGUUUGGAAAGGGGCUGGAUCCCGAAAGAUCCGAGGGAAGCUAUUGGACACUGUGCUGAAGUUUUGGGCACGUCUCAAUUAUUCGAUGGUCGAUACCCGUCGACUGCGACCGGAGGCGCUGCUGCUGGGACACUUGACCCUACCCGAGCUUCAGCGCACCCCUUCCCGCCAGCUACGAUUUCACCCUCUUUCUCGGGUGAUUUACUCUCUCUUCUGCCCACCUAUACUCCGACAGGGACGCUGCAGACAUUGUUUGCCCCUACAUUCACCGCUGCUCCGUCUGCUGUGGUGGGCACCGGUUGGAAUAAUCCCGAUGAUAAUUCGCCCGCCUAUGUUCCCGUAGCUGGUUGUUCAUAUCCUGAUGCGUGGGAUGCUGUCGAUGUGCCGCUCUCAGAACCGUUCUGCACCGGCUCUUGAAUUCAUUCAUUCAUUUUAUUUUUUCAUGCUUUCGCAUGGAUAGUUAUGGCUGUGGCAUGACCCCCCGAGCAUGACAUGAUGACCCUGUGUAGUGUACGCUGCUUUCUUGGACGAUGUUGUGACCUGACUGUUUGCUUCAUCUUCUUUUGUUCUCGCAUUUCUUGGACUACUUAUUGGAAGUGAUAUGGACUUUUUGCAUCUCUGUAUUUUA